UUUUGUUAACGACUGCAUUCCUCAGUGAACAUGGAGGACAUUGUGAACAGGCUCUAUGCCUUCGAUUGGAGGUCAUUGUCUCUUGGUUCCGUUCCAGCUCCAACUCCAGCUCCUGCCCCUCAGUCAUCUGCCGUCCAACGUCUCAUAGCAUGGUGGGAUCAGUCCAAAGACAGUAUGCAGCAGUACUCAGUGGCGUCUGUCGCCAUAGUGGGGUUCACUGCUCUACUCGUCAGCGUGGCUUUGUAUCGUGCACUUUUCUCGCAGCGUCAACGCCAUGAUCCUUUGAAUCAGGGCUGCCAGCCUCUACGCAUGUACCCGCACAAAGACCGGAUUUUCGGUCUCGACUUUGUCUAUCAGAAUGUGACUACCUUCCGUCGCCACAAGUACCUGGAGACCCUGAAGAACCGUUACCAAACCUUGGGGACCACCUACGGGGUGCGUGUCUUCAACCGUCGAGGCAUUCUCACGUCCGACCCCGAAAACAUCAAGACAAUCCUGUCGACGCGAUUCAAAGACUACUCCCUUGGCAAUCGUGUCCCUAUAAUGGGCCCGCUGCUGGGACGCGGGAUCUUCGUCAGUGACGGGCAGGACUGGUCGCACUCGCGGGCCUUGCUCCGCCCCAACUUCGUCAAGGAGCAGGUGGCCGACCUGCAGAUGAUCGAAACGCAUCUGGCGCAGCUGCUGAAGCUUAUCCCAUCCGACGGCCGAACCGUCGUCGAGCUGCAAGACCUCUUUCUCCGGUUCACCUUGGACUCGGCGACCGACUUCCUCUUCGGCCACUCUCUCCAUACCCUCAGCCGCGGGACAGCCAAAGACCAGCAAUUCGGGCAGGCCUUCGCCCUUGCGCUGGACGACAUUGCCCUCCAAUUCCGCCUGGGUCCAUGGCGCGCGCUUCGCCGGCCCAACAAGGAUGCGCUGGCAGCGUAUGAAAUCUGCCGAGGAUAUGUGGAAGGCUUCGUGGCGGAUGCCAUCGCCUAUCGCCAAGGGAAAGCGAGUUCGGCUGGUGAUAAAAACACCUCAGACCGUAGCUAUUUCCUGAAGGAGCUGGCGCAAGCCACCGACGACCGGGAUCGAAUCCGCGAUGAAUUGCUGAACAUCCUCAUCGCCGGUCGAGACACCACGGCGAGUCUGCUGGGGAGUCUGUUUUACGUGCUCGCCCGCCACCCCGAGGUGUGGCAGAAGCUCCGCAGUGAGGUCGCGACUCAAUUGCAGGGGGCAGCUCCCAACUACGAGCAACUCCGCAAUCUCCAGUACACGCGGUACUGCAUCAAUGAGACCCUGCGGCUGUAUCCGCCCGUUCCCAACAAUACAAAGAUGGCUGUCUGUGACACGAUCCUUCCGCGGGGCGGGGGCCUCAAGGGGGAUGCCCCCGUGUUUGUCCCCAAGGGUUGCACCAUGAUCUACACGGUGUAUGCCAUGCAUCGUCGAACAGAUCUGUUCGGCCCUGACGCUGAGGAAUUCCGCCCUGAACGAUGGGUCACGCAAAGAUUCUCCUGGGAAUUUCUCCCUUUCAACGGGGGGCCGCGGAUUUGUCUCGGGCAACAAUAUGCGUUGACGGAGGCGAUGUACGUCCUGGUCCGGUUCGCGCAAACAUUUCAGACGAUCGAGGCCCAGGAUCCUGCUCCCUGGACCGAGCAGCUUACUCUCACCCUCUCAUCCAGCAAUGGCGUCAAGGUUAGAUUGAAGGGGGCCUGAUUGUCUUCCAGGUAGUGUUAGGCUAGACUUUACGCGUGUUCGAGGAUGGAGUGUAGCCUACGCAUCUCAGAGAUGUUUCAAUGCAUCCUGUAAGCCAAUGGAAGUAAUUACUGUUUCGUCUUACACUUGCUUCCAUGUUAGAAAUCACGAUCGUGGAGGGUCGAAGGUAGUGGGCAUAAGCACUAGUAGUGUCGGUGUC